UAUUUAGUAGCAUAUCAAAUUUGAAUUGUAUGACAUUUCCUGUUGAUUUUGCUGAACUUAUUCCUUGACAGAUCCAUUUCUAUGUUGUGUUAAUACUGCAACGGUUACAGGUGUUAUAUUUUCUCAAUAGUUCCUGUUCCAUAUUAUAUAUUGUGGGUUUUGAACUGUAUAACAGAAACGGUUUAACGAGUUUUCUAGUGACUGGAUAAAGUGGAAAUAAAAACAAUGUAAUCAGGAUCAGAUUGUUUUUAUUCAUAAGAAAAAUGAUACGCCAUAUUCUGAUCCACAUUGGUAUAUUGGCAGGUUUUGUUUGGUGUUCUGAUCUACCUUACUCUGAUUAUCUAAACUGUCAGCAGACGAUAUCGGACGAUUCCUGCUAUUCUGGUAAUGCUGUUUUCAAAUCUUGGCACAGGGCCGAUAUAAAUAUUUAUAGUAACACAGAAAAUUUAUGCCGAUUUAAAACUGAGUAUAUUCACUUGAUAUAUUGUAAGAACAACCACUUGCGACGGUGCUUACCAAAUGCCAGAACUAAAGACAUGUUUAAGACAGCAGACGCUGAAGAAAAGGGGUUCGAACAUAUAUGUUCGAAACCCGAAGCCAUGAAUAUCACCUGUUUGAAACGAUCAGGUCAAGAAAUCGGUGACUGCCAAUCAGAAGCGAAACUCGGUCGAUUGAGCAUAAAUGCUACAUUUGUAGAAUGGAAAGAAUAUCGCUGCAGGUCCAUCACAGCGACUUAUGAAUGUACGCAAGACUCGAGAUUACUGAAGGACUGUCCUGAAUCUAGAUCAAUCUAUCUAGAGUACAGCAGGAUCACCUAUCCCAAGGCAUGCGGUGACUUAUCAGUAUCAAAUGGAAACUGUAGUCUCUAUCGCGUUCACAAGCCAAUUGUGGACAGACGGACGGACAUGGGUGACGACAAUAUACGUCAACAUUAUAACGUGGACGUAUAAAAACAAUAUCACACCACAAUGUGGCACUAAAACAACAAAACAAGAACACUGAACAAAUACAUAAAACUGGAACAAAGCCUGACGAAAAAAUUUAAAUUAUUGGCCUGUUUUAAAAAUGCAACAAUCUUCUCAUAAAGAGAACAGGACAUCAAGAAAUCGAAAACCUACAUGGACUUCAAUGAUCCUCUCUACCUCUUAAAUAUCUGUGUACAAAUCUUUGAUAGGUCAUUAAAGCUGUUUGAAAAAUUC